UUAUUCUUGGGUGCAUUGGGUAUGAUCGACUGAAUAUGCUCAUUAUCGGACUGUGGAGUCCCUGGGGGUGCCGGUGUAUAGUUGGGAUGAGUGUCUUGGGAUCGGGUCUAAGGUGGGUGGUCUCGUAAGCAAUGUUGAUGGGACAGUUUUAAACUUAUGUUUAAUGUACAGGUUUUGUUUACCUUUAUUUUGUACUUGGGGGAUUAUGGCCUCAGUCGUAGGUAAUGACAGUACUAGUGUGUCACCUGUAGUGAACUCAUCAUCUAAGUCGCUUAAAGUGGGUUUCGUUGGUAGUGUCAGGAGAAGUUAGUGGGUUUUGAACAGCUUGUACGCUGGCAGCUUUUCAGGCCUGGUCUCUGCUUCCAAUCUUCAGAUCUGUCACAGAUAGUUUGCAUUCAGUUUUAAAGCAGCUCGGUGAUGUCUGAAUCGCAAGCAAUAAACAACUAGUAGACUUUCCUGUGGGAUGCUCAGUCUAGGCGAAUAAUAAUCCUUGGGAUGUGUAGGUCGUAUUAUCGAAGGAGAGCUUAUGAAGUAGAACUGCGUCGUUUUAUAUGUUUGGCAACAGCGUGUUAAAGAGUCUUGAGGAAACAUACUUAACUCUGCAAACCAUCUACUUUGGCUGGGGUAUUUGUAGAGUCUAUAUUCAUUAUGUAGCAGUGCUGAAAUCAUCUAGCAAUGACAGAUCAGUAGUUUCUUGAAGCUCGUGAUCGGCAAUGUGAAUUGAUCAACCAGGAAUAUCAAUCGCGAAGCUUUGACUACAUAAGACACUAUCAUGGGAUUCUAUGUCCAUACUUCUUCCCUGAAACACUCUUUGAACCUUGAAAAAAAGGAAGUACCUGAAGGAAAAGUCUGUUGAAGACGAUGACAUUUUAGUCUUGUCUCAACUGGCGAUCGCUAGUUUGUUUAAGACCGGUGUAAAUGCAUUUCAAAACCUAGUAUAGUAUGUGAAGCCAAGUGUAUACCUCUGUUGCGGUCUGGGUUCUACCAUUUAUUCUGAUGAAUCUCCAUCAGUAAUGCAAAUUCGCCUUUUUCAAGGAGCAAUCGAGUAUAUCAAUGCCUUCUGAGGUUAUCUCGUUCUUUCUGAGCAUGGCCUUACAGUUACACAGCUGAAGACAGUCGACGUUUGAGCAUUAUGGGUUCCAAAGAGAAUGGAAAGCCCAGUCGACACAAUGGGUUUUUUCCCAGCCUUCCUAAUCGCAGUAGAACCCCACCUAGAAAUCCACCGAUGGUUCCGUUGGCGUCUCUACUAGCCUAUGAGUUAAAAAACGAGAUUGUUGAAAACCCCUUACUGCGGUGUGGACUGGCGUUACAGCCAAGGAAAGGGGAGGAUUUUGCGCUGGUGAAGACGGACUGUCAAAGAAUACCUGGAGACGGUUCUUCGACGUUCGCAGUUUUUGGGAUCUUUGAUGGCCAUAAUGGAUCAGCAGCUGCAAUUUACACCAAAGAAAAUCUUUUGAAUGACGUGAUGAGUGCACUGAGCCCUGGUCUUAAGCGUGACGACUGGUUAGCAGCUCUGCCGCGAGCACUGGUUGCGGGGUUCGUGAAAACUGAUAAAGAGUUCCAAGCUAAAGAGCAAACGUCAGGAACAACUGUUACUUUUGUAGUGAUAGAUGGUUGGACCAUCACUGUAGCUUGUGUUGGAGACUCACGUUGUGUCCUAGACUCACAAGGCGUUGUGACAGACCUUACUGUUGACCACAGACUAGACGACAAUGAGGAAGAGAGGGAACGUGUUAGAGCAGCUGGUGGGGAAGUUGGCAGGCUUAGCAUUGUUGGCGGUGCUGAGAUUGGGCCGUUGAGGGUUUGGCCAGGUGGAUUAUGUCUAUCAAGAUCGAUUGGAGACAUGGACGUAGGGGAAUUUAUAGUCCCUGUUCCUCAUGUAAAGCAGAUAAAGCUAUCAACUAAUGGAGGCAGGCUCAUUAUUGCGUCGGAUGGAGUAUGGGAUGCUUUGACUUCAGAAAAGGCCGCAAAGUGUUGCCGGGGUUUGCUACAACCAGAGGUUGCUGCCAAACAUAUCAUCAAGGAGACACUACGAACUCGAGGCCUAAGGGAUGAUACUACCUGCAUAGUGGUUGACUUGUUACCACCCACUUAUGUUGAACCUCCACCUCCUGUUAUCAAGAAAAAGAGUACCAUAUACAGGAUGUUUCAUUGGAAACAAAAGCAACCUCCACCAUCUCAGCCUGCGUAUGAUGAAAUACCAGUUAUGGAAGAGUUGUUUGAAGAAGGGUCUGCAAUGUUGUCGGAGAGGUUGGGACCUGGAGCCUCUGUCAAUGGAGGGAAUGGCAUGUUCCUUUGUGCAAUUUGUCAAUGUGACAUAGAGGCAAAUGAUGGAAUUUCAGUGCACGCUGGGGCUUUCUUUGCAAGUAAAUCCAGGCCUCUGGAUGGUCCUUUUCUAUGUCGUUCAUGUAAAUGGAAACAGGAGGCCAUGGAAGGCAAACAACCGUCGACACGAGGAGGAGCUUCUAAGUAAGUUGGAAACUCUUGGACUGGACCGUUGCUUGCACGUUUGGAAGGUCUGGAGGUGGCCUUUCUGCAUGGUCUCAUUCCUUUCUACCUGAAUUAAGCCUCAUCAGGUUUUUAAUCGUCUUGGCAACACUGCUGGAAUGAAUGGUGCAGUAAGUGUUGUGCAUCAAGUUUAAUUUGAUGCUAGAAAGUAACUGUUGCAAAUACUGGUAGCAAAGGCCGAUUGGUUUUGGGUGCGUCACAAGUAGGCAAGUUCAAAGCCUGAAAAUUGUAAGCAUACAUACAGCACGUGAUUCAAUUGUAGGCUAGAGUUACGGCGCCAAAGCUCAUCCACAAUAGCUGUUCUAUUCUUGAAUAAAUGACUUGAGUUGUUGGUUUGUCCAUGUUGACAAGAUUUUAUUUUGAAAUUUUAACUUAGAAACUCUUGCGCGGGCUUGACCUGCUAGUCAGAUGGGUUAGAGCGGAAAAAUUGAAUUUUGGCAGGGCAACCAGAUUGUGUUAGUGGGUGCUCUAGAGUAAACUCAGUUUGUUCCCUUCCAUUUUUGGCCACUUCGUGUACAGAACAUUCUUAAGACCCUUAUUAUUUCGAGGGUCCCGACUUCCA